UCCGCCCUAGUGCGAAGCGUGCCACUUUGCUAGUGAAUGGGUGGCUGUUUUCGGAGGGUCCUCGAAUGUGUAACCUUUCGUGAAGAUGUGGUAAUGUGCAGACGUCGUAUCGUAAUGGCACAGUCGUAACAAUCGGUUCGAACUUCUCGAUCAGCAUCGAAGCAUCGUAAUACAGCGCAGACUGAACUGCAUAAACCCUGCUGCCAUGUGCCAUGUCGUGCGACGUAAGAACCUUGCGCUGCACACACUUGCAUUAAGUGCGUUGAGCAACGACGCGAAGAGUGAGAAAAGAAACGAACCGAACCGAAAUCGAACGAAAUGAUUCAUUCGCAAUUUUAAGUGAGCUUUUCGGGUGAAGGAAGCUUUUUUCCGUUUGCGUUAAAUGUGCGUGUUUGUACGAGUAGUGCUGUGCACGUGUGUGUGUGUGCUGACUUGGUGCAAUGUGUGUGAUUGUUCACGUGCUUUACCACAGCCCAACAACCCCCUUCCCCCCAUAUACCCGUGGUGGUGGCGCCCCGCCGACGUUCGUGCGAUGCAGUGUAGCGUGACGCGGCUUCGAGAAGAAGUCACUCGUGCGGUGAGCAUUGUUGCGGAUACAAGGACCUACCGGAAUAAAAAAUAUACAGGCUCGUUUCGUGAGUCUAUGAGCCAGUGACAAUACAGUGUGGUUUAGAGGGCAGAGAAACGACGGAGAACAACGCACCAACGGCGGUUAUCUCGUGUGAAGUAAAAUUUAUUCCAGUUUCGUGCAAGAUUUGAGCAGCGACGCAACGGGGAAAAUCCCAACAUUUAUCAAAGCCGGCCUAGAGUGUAUGCUUAUGUGUGAUUGUGUCCGGUAAGAGUGCGUGUCGACGCAGUGUGCCAAUGCUGUAACCGUGGCCGUUACACGUGUGUCUGUGAGUUUGUUGUGUGGAAAGCGAAGCCCUAGACCCGAUCUAAGCGGUUCCGGAGACAAUAGUGUUGAUUCUGGGAAACGCGGCACGUCAACCAGCGCACUCCCAGCCCUUUCAAACGCCAAGCAGGCGGUAUGUGACCAGUGGUGAGGUGGGCACAGGUGUAUCAAGAUUAAAGUGCAUGCGCUCUGAGGCAUCGAAGUGGGAAGUCUGGCAAUACGGGCACAGAGACACAGCGUGCAAACGAUUAGUACCAGGUCUAGCAAUACCCGAAGAGGGUUACCCGUGGCAAGAUGCGUAAAGUUUGGCUCCUCGCCAGCGUCGUGCUGGCGUUUCUCGACUUUGUCAAAUCACAGGAAGUCGCUCGGACACUCUACAGUACAAGAUACGACAACCUGGACAUUGACACCAUUUUGGCUAGCAAUCGGCUGGUUACGAACUACGUCGACUGUUUGCUCAGCCGCAAACCGUGCCCACCGGAAGGCAAGGAUCUGAAACGUAUUCUGCCCGAGGCACUACGCACCAAGUGUGCCCGCUGUUCGCCGAUCCAGAAGGAGAACGCACUGAAAAUCAUCACCCGUCUGUACUACGACUACCCGGACCAGUACCGUGCACUGCGGGAGCGCUGGGAUCCUUCCGGAGAGUAUCAUCGCCGGUUCGAGGAGUACCUGCGCGGGCUGCAGUUCAAUCAGAUUGGCGGCAGCAACGGUGGUUCGGGCGUUGGUAAUACGGUAGUGAGUGGUGGUAACGAUAGGCCGGUAAGAAAUGACCUCGAUCGACAGCCCGCAACACAGAGCAGCAAUGUGCAGGCGAUAGUGAUUGAUCCGACGCUGGCCGGCCAGCCUAUUGGCAAUGUGAAUACGCUACCUCCCUCUCCACCAACACCACCGGCGGCGGCGGCUGUUGCGCCAGCUGUGACCGAACGACCUAGGCCUCCGGCACCGGUAGCACAAAUUUUAUUCCCUACCACUACCGACACAAGCAACACUACCACUACUACUACCACUACUACUAGUACUACCAUCAUCACCAACACCACCGACACAACUACCACCUCUACUAGUACCUCCAAUUCUGGCCCAGUAGAACUCACCAGUAUUUCGGCGAGUGCGCCCGCCGCUCCCUCUAAUAGCGUUACAUCUUCUAGUAAUCUAAUUAGUCCUUCGGGUGGUACGGUCCUGGCGGCGAGUACUAGCGAUCCUCUAGCUCUUCUUCCUCUAUCUUCUGACGCCGGAACCGAGCAGGACUCGACGGCAACGGCCGGACCCGUAGUACCGGUACCGGCCCCACCACCGGUCGUGGUGAAUCGGUUCGGUGACGACGACGCCAAUGGACGCCCAUCUGUUGCGCCUGCUGUUCCCGUAGUGCCGACGACUACUACGACCACGGCAAGGCCCACUACGACGGUACGGCAGACACGUCCCGCCACACGGCAAACGACGACUAGAAAUACUCAGCGCACAACAACGAGAUUUAUAACACGAUUGCCACCAACACCGCCACCAACACCUCCACGCACUACUACUACAACGACGACGAGGACACCGACUAUAUUACCUCAACGACCACCACCACCACCACCACUGUUUGCACCACUACCUGCACCAGCACAACAACAACCAAUACUGCCACAAGCAACACCUCCACAACAACAGUACCCAUCAGUAGUAUAUCAGCGUCCACCGGCUCCUCCGAGAGCCAGUCCACCACCACCACCAGUACCACAAGCACCACUAACUACCUCUGCGCCUGCUAGACCUUUCUACGUACAAACGGAACCUCCUCGAACACCACCACCACCACCACAACAACAGUACCCAACAGUAGUAUACCAGCGUCCACAGGCUCCACCGAGGGCCAGUCCACCACCACCACCACUAUCUACCUCAGCACCCACUAGACCUUACUACGUACAAACGGAACCUCCACGAACACCACCACCACCACUACCACCAGUACAACAACAGUACCCAACAGUAGUCUACCAACGUCCACAGGCUGCACCACCAUCACCACAAGCACCAGCAAGACCUUUCUACGUACAGCCGGAACCACCCGCGACUCAGUACGGCCAAACCACCCCGGACAGCAUUAUUGAUCAUUUCUUUGUUCCGCCAUCGUCACAGGCCGCCAACCAGCCACUCCCCCCGAGCCCGAUCGUAGGCCUGUGGAACCAGCUCGGUACGAAGAUUGCCGACACGGCGGAUGCCAUUGCCGGGAUGCUGAAGAAAACGGUCGACGUGCUGGUGACGAGCCACAUCCAAUCACACCAGCGGGCACUGCGAAGAAUUCAAUAACCUUUAGCCCAUGACACGCCGCGUGACAGGCAUCGAGCAGAGGAGGAUCAGAAGGAGAAGAUCAGACAGAGAAAGUGGAGCCGUUUUGUUGAAAUUAUGUGAGAAUGCUUGCCGUUUUAGGCAUUAGUUUUCCAUCGCUAGAAUAUUAUAUCGCAGUAUGUAUAUGUUUGAGCUUGUGUGUGCGUGUGUGUGAUUGGAAGUGACAGCAUAUCCUUGCCACCCCCGUCCCCCCUCCAUGACCGAGACAUCCCGUGGCUCACAAAAAUCCAAUUACUGUGGGGAUCGGAUCAGCUCCGACAAGUGCCCACUGAUGCAGACUCCUCAAUAUAGAUUUUUCCCCGUCCCCUCCGACUUUCUUUGACGCAUUUGUGGCUGAGCGCGGUAUGAGCGAAAACGAAUGCAAUUUUAUUUUACCUGUGAUUGAGCGUGAUAGAGUGAUAACAACGAAGGUGUGUGAAUUGUAUCUGUAUCUGAGUUUCAAGGCCCAAGGCUGUUUCAUUGGUUAUCCCUUUUUAAUGCUUGUUAUCUUCAUAGUGCUCUUUUUCUUAUCGCUUUCAAUUACAAGCCUUCCUUUUCCUGCUUCUAUGUCGACAUUUAGUACCGAUUCUGGAUUUGAGCGGACCAUACAUACUGAUCAUACAACAGGGUGAAUUCUAAAGGUUCAUGGAUUUGAAAUGUAUCUUAUAUUAUUACUGAAUAAAUGUAUUUUCUAUCAUA